AUGUUCAAUAAGAAUUCCAAGUUCGUAGUAGAUGAUGAUUUGGAGAUAGACCUAGUUUUAAAUGAGACUGAGUUCAGCACAGUACUAAGGAGACCUGAAUCUAAUGAUUUUUUUAAACAUGAUGUUGCUGAAUAUCACAACAAAUUGCAACACAAUAGCUCUAAUAAAAAUACAUUACAUCAAAAUGGAGAGAGUUCAUUCAACAAGAGAUCUGGUCAUACCGAACACACUGAUAUUAACAAACACGAAUGGAAUUUUUUAAAUUUCAAUGAUGUCUUAGAUAUGUCCAUAUUAGCAAAUCGGUUAUCAACAUUUAAAAAUUUCUCUGAUACCAAUAUUUCUCCACGACAACUUGCGAACGAUGGUUACUUUUAUGACGGGAGGAACUUAAUUACAUGCUCAUCCUGUGAUUUCACAAUCGUUUUAACGCAGCUCCGCGAUGCUGCUCUGUUACAUGAAAUUCAGUCGCCAAACUGUGAAUUUAUUAAAAAGUAUAAAGAUGAAAGAAGAAUUCGUCAUGAAGCCAGCGAUCCACAUAACAUAUACAAAGAAAGGUCUGCCUUCAGGCCAGUACCUCAAUCUGCAAAAGUGAUCAGUGAUGAAUUGUGUGAAUACGCUUCAAACCAUUAUGUUGGAACAGAAUGGUCUCGAAACACCUCAAAUUACUUUAGUAGGCCUACAGAACUUUCUGUUGUUUCCUCCCCUGAGCCUUCAACUGCUCAGUCUGCCAAAGUGAAGGAUGAUAUAAAAUCUGAAGACGACUCAAUUUAUUUUAGAGAUGCAAUGAUAAACAAAUCAGCUGCAAGAUUUUCUGGAUUUUCUAACGAAACAUCUCGAUUGGCUACGUUUUCUUCUUGGCCACAUGCAAAGCCUGAUAAAUGGUCAAUUGCAAUGGCAGGAUUUUUCUAUCAAGGUUUCGGAGAUCACGUGAAAUGCUUUUACUGUGGUCUUGCAUUAGAUUCAUGGGAACCAAAUGAUGACCCUUUUUAUGAACAUGCAAAAUUUGCUGAUAGAUGUACCUGGCUUGAAUAUAAGAAAGGAAAGAAUUUCAUAGCAGAAAGCAAAAAGAGGCACGGGCUAGUGCAGCAGGGCACCACAGAAUGUGGAAUAAAAGACUUAAUUCCAAACGAUAAGUUAAAAAAGGAGGAAGAUUCAAGACAAGUAAAUGUGGAUGACGUUUUGAUAACUUCUAGAGUUGUGAAAAAUGCUUUUGAACUUGGUUUUGAAGAGGACGUCAUUAAGGCAGUUGUGAAACGACAUCUCGAAGACAACAAGGGAAUUUUCGCAAUGUCCAAUGAUGAUAUGAUUGACCAGAUUUUGAACUACGAACCAAAUGAUGUAAAUGUUAAUGUUCCAUUAAGUAAAGAUGCAGAAAAUGAAAUUGCAAAUGAGUUCUCGAAACUUCAAUUUGAAGAAAAGACCCACAAUGCAUCACAAGAUGUUCCAUCAACUGCCAGUGAAGAGCCACAAUCAACUGAGGCUAUGUUAAAACAACUGGAAGAUUUGAAGGACCAACAGGCAUGUAAGGUUUGUUUAAAUCUUCCCGCGAACAUAGUUUUCAGGCCGUGCAACCACCUUGUCACCUGCGAAGAAUGUGGAAGAAAACUGAAUUCAUGUCCAAUUUGUCGUGAAAAAGUCAAGGACCGUAUUAAAAUUUUUCAGAGCUAAACUGAUUUUAUUUUUCAUUUUAAUAUUUUGACAGAAAAAUAACAAGAACAAAGUUAUUUUAAAUAUUGUUGGUUUUUAAAACUAUUAGUAACAUAAUAAUAAUAAUAUUAUUAAUAAUAAUAAUAAUAUAGUUUUAUAUAGCGCACAUAUCCAUCUAAUGUAAUGUGUCUGUGCUACCCGGUAACCCGGUACCAGCAACUAUCAUCGUCGUCCACCACAGGGGCUGUCUGUCCAGUACACCAAGGUAUUCCCCUACUCGUCUUCAAGAAUGUACUGGGUUCUUUAUAGUGCACACGAGCCAUUGUAUAUACUGGGCCCACGGUUUAUAGUCCUUAUCCGAGAAGACUUGUUUUACCACCAGAACCAUAGGCGA